AUGGCUGCGUUGGACAGUUCUCUUGGUCAAUCCGCAGGGCUAACUGCCCUAGCUUGUUUUGUUACUGCGGUGAUUCUCGUAUAUCUCGUCGCCAACAUCCUCUACCGACUUUUCCUUCACCCCCUGGCCCAAUAUCCUGGACCGUUUCUCAAUCGCAUCUCGCCCAUCCCUCUCAGCUACCAUCUGGUUCGGGGUCGCCUACCAUUCUACGUCAAGCAACUGCACGAUGUCUAUGGCCCAGUGGUCCGCCUUACGCCAACAGAGCUGUCGUUCAAUUCCGCCGACUCGUGGAAGGACAUCUACGGCAGCCGUCCAGGCCACCGCAAUUUCCAUAAAGACCCAAUCCAUGUUGGAUCUAUCCAAGCUGUUCCGGGCGCGGUGACCAUCACGAUGGCGGAUGAUGUUGACCACGCCCGCCAGCGCCGCUCUCUAUCCCACGCCUUUAGCACCAAGGCCCUGCUGGAGCAGGAGUAUUUGAUUAAACUGUAUAUCGACAUCUUUCGUGACAAGAUGAACGAAUUCGCCCGCUCUGGCAAGACCUGUAACAUCGCUGACUGGUUCUCAUACACUACAUUUGACAUAAUUGGGCAUCUGUCCCUUGGGGAGCCGUUUGGAUGUCUGACGAGUAGUGACCUUCGAUUCUGGGUCCCUUUGAUUUCCGAGUCGAUAAAGGCCGGCGCAAUCGAGCAGGCAACGAGACGACUGGCAAGCACCGGCGGUGUCCUGCAAACACUGAUGCUGAAGAUAUUUGCGCCGAAGGAACUUCGUGAGCAGCGGAUUAAGCAUCUGAGCUACUCGCGAGAGAAGAUACUAAAACGGAUGGGACAGGGGGGCAAUAACCAGCACCGAGACUUCCUGCAUUAUUUGAUGACGCAGCAGGAUAAAGAGAACCUGAACCAGGAAGAGAUUAUAGUGAACGGCGCUCUAUUCAUAAUUGCUGGAUCGGAGACUACAGGGAGCUUCACGACAGGGCUGUUCAACCAGCUCUUGCAGCCUGAGAAUCGGGAAGUCCUCGACAGACUCACAGACGAGAUACGGGGUGCGUUCCAGCGCGACGAAGAUAUCACGUAUGAGGAGUUGGCCAAGCUUCCGUGGUUGACAGCUGUUCUUGAGGAAGGCCUCAGACUAUUCCCCAGUGCGCCCAUUGGGUUCACCAGGGCCGUCCCUCAUGGGGGAGAUACAGUCGAUGGCCAUAUGCUUCCAGCAGGAACAACAGUGUCAACGUGUAUGUGGGCGGCAACUCACGCAGAGGACAACUUCCGCGAUCCCUACAAGUUCAGACCAGAACGGUGGAUGGACAAGGAGAAUACAACAGACAAACUCAGGGCAAGCAAUCCGUUUUCACUGGGACCCAGGGGCUGCAUCGGCCGCAACUUGUCGUACAUGGAACAGCGGCUUAUCACGGCAAAGCUGCUAUGGCACAAUGAUAUUUCCAUGACUGGGGAUAAAACAUGGACGCAAUGGGAUCCUAAAAACGACCACGAGAACAUGCGAGUCUUUACCAACUGGAUCAAGGCGCCUCUCACGGUCAGAUUGACGCCGCGGAAGGUAGCUAAAUGA